ACAACGUUGCAAAGGUCAUCAUUGGUGCUCAGGCACUACAACUUUUUUUUAGCAAUAGUCACUUUAUUGGUUUCAAUUCUUUUUUGCAGGUGCAGUGUAUUUUAAUAUCAUGUAAUUGUAUUUAUGACAGCUUUAGUUCCCGUAACGCUCUCGUCAUGUCUAAAGAGGAGAUUAUCCUGCAGUCAGCCGCACACAGUGACAGCAGCACCGGGAGGAGCAGUAGUGGAGUCGGACUGGUGAUUACCGGAUUGCUGGGUGGUGCGGUAGUCGGGUUGUACGCCGCUACAGCGCCGUUUGUAGCUCCAGCGCUGAGGAAAGUGUGUUUGCCGUUUGUCCCUGCGACUACCGAACAGGUCCAAAACGUCUUUAAGGUGCUGAGAGCCAGAACAGGAAACCUGGUGGACAUUGGCAGUGGAGAUGGGAGGAUAGUGAUAGCAGCAGCAAAGCACGGCUUUCAGGCCUGUGGCUUCGAGCUGAACCCCUGGCUGGUGUGUUACUCCCGCUACAAGGCCUGGAGAGAGGGCGUCCACCACUCCACCUCCUUCUACAUCUCUGACUUGUGGAAGGUCAGUUUUGCACAGUAUUCCAAUGUUGUAAUUUUUGGAGUCCCUCAAAUGAUGGACCAGCUGGAGCUGAAGCUGGCAAGCGAGUUACCGAGCUCAGCCAAGGUUGUGGCCUGCCGAUUCCCCUUCCCCACCUGGGUACCUGAACACACUGCCGGAGAGGGCAUAGACACCGUGUGGGUGUACGAUGCCAAGACAUUUAAAUCAGACCAGCAACACGGAACUACAGAGAAGACAACAUCGGAACAUGAGCACAUGCCAGAUUCACACACAUAA